AUGGACCGGAUACGCAGCCUCAUGGCCCGUCCAACGGCAUAUGAGCCAAUCAACGAGUCCGCGGAGGAUGCCGAUGGGACGAUACAAACGCAACAACGGGACGAACCUCAGUUCUCAAAAACAGAAUAUGGAAUUUUCUUCCUCCUAGGCAUAUCCAUGUUAUGGGCCUGGAACAUGUUCCUUGCCGCAGCACCAUAUUUCUACACUCGGUUCCAGUCUGAUGACUGGACAAUACUUCACUACCAACCAUCUAUUCUCUCAGUCUCGACCGUCACCAAUCUUGGAACUGCCUAUAUUCUAGCCAAGCUGCAGAAGAAUGCAUCGUACCCGUGGCGCAUAACGCUCUCGCUAUUGAUCAACUGCGCCGUGUUCACAAUCCUUGCUUUCUCAGCCGUCAUAUUUACCGAUGGGUCUGCGCGGGCGUACUUCGGCUUCCUGAUGGUAAUGGUCUUCGGAGCAAGCUUGGCAACGGGUAUCAACCAAAACGGCGUCUUCGCAUAUGUUUCUGGCUUUGGAAGAGACGAAUAUAUGCAGGCAAUCAUGAGUGGACAAGGUGUUGCAGGUGUGCUGCCUUGCAUCGUCCAAAUCUUCUCUGUGCUAGCCGUGCCGCCGAAUGGGGACAGUGUUGAUCGUGACGCGGGCCAGGAUCAAGACCCGAGUAUGCCGCAGACGACUUCAUCCAGAUCGGCUUUUGUAUACUUUAUUACGUCGACGGCGGUGUCGGUGAUUGCGCUAUUGGGUUUCCUCUACCUGCUCCGAAACCAACCUCAGUCCAGGCAAAAGACGACAAGAGCGGACGAUGAGUCUAUUGCGGAUGAGCAUGAGCAUUCCAAGACAGUCAGUCUGUGGACUUUGUUCGUUAAGCUGCGGUUCCUGGUGUUCGCUGUGUUCGUGUGCUUCUUGGUCUCUAUGGUCUUUCCUGUCUACACAGCGGAAGUUCAAUCCGUCAAUGACCCUACUACUUCACGGAUCUAUGAGUCCAGUGUCUUUAUUCCCCUGGCGUUCCUUGUGUGGAACCUCGGUGACUUAGCAGGCAGAAUGGGUGUGGCCUUUCCUGGGAUGUCCUUGGGCAAGUAUCCUCAGGCGGCUGCUAUUCUGGCAAUUGCACGGGUCAUUUUCAUUCCAAUCUACCAGCUUUGCAAUAUCAACGGAAAGGGUGCUGUUGUGAAGAGUGACCUUUUCUAUCUUGCUGUGCAAUUUUUGUUCGGCGCUACCAAUGGAUACCUGGGGACAAGCUGUAUGAUGGGUGCCAGCCAUUGGGUGGUUGCUGAUGAAAGGCCAGCUGCUGGUGGAUUUAUGAGCAUGGUACUUGUGGGUGGUUUAGCUGCUGGAAGCUUGUUAAGCUUCUCUGUUGCCAGUACAUGA